CCGUUUCCUGUGUCAAAAUAUCUUGCUAGCCGACACCUCAAACAUUCAACUAUUGUGUGGGACAAGAGUUUUUCGAUUUUGAAGAUAACAUGGAUGGUGAAGAGAAGACCUACGGUGGCUGUGAAGGCCCAGAUGCCAUGUAUGUGAAGCUGAUCUCCUCUGAUGGCCACGAGUUCAUAGUGAAGAGAGAACACGCCUUGACCUCAGGGACCAUCAAAGCCAUGUUGAGUGGACCAGGUCAGUUUGCAGAGAAUGAAACCAACGAAGUGAACUUCAGAGAGAUCCCCUCCCAUGUCCUGUCCAAGGUGUGCAUGUACUUCACCUACAAGGUCCGCUACACCAACAGCUCCACGGAGAUCCCAGAGUUCCCCAUCGCCCCGGAGAUCGCCCUGGAACUACUCAUGGCUGCCAACUUCCUGGAUUGUUAACUUCAAAAGAAAUGUAGCAGUGUAAAACCUUUUUUUUUUUUGACUAUUUAACUUUGUUUGCCAUGUUGCUUCAGAUAUAAAAACAAAAGUGAAUGAUGAGUAAGUUGUCAGUAUGUAAAAUGUUUUUUUUUCUGCACAAUGCUUUGUCUACAUUCUGGUAGUAAAGAGUUGAAUCUUAAUCUAAUAAACUGAUAUGGCUGCUCUA